CAUGGCGGACUGUAUCGAAGAGAGAUUCGACGCUGCAGUAAAUGUAGUGAGAUCAAUGCCAAAAAAAGGUUCUUACAAGCCAUCUUACGAAACGAUGUUGAAGUUUUAUGCAUUUUACAAGCAAGCUAAGGAGGGAGAAUGUUGUGAAUCAAAGCCUGGAUUUUGGGAUGUUGUGAAAAAAGCAAAAUGGGAGGCAUGGCAUGGCUUGGGUAAGAUGACAAAGCAAGAAGCUAUGGAAUCUUAUGUCCAUGAACUAAAACAGGUAAUGGAAAACUUACCAGAAGGUGAAGAAGCAGCAGAUUUUAGUGAAGUGCUGAAGACUUUUUACCAAGUAGUGUAUGAAGGCCAAGAGGAGAAACCUCCAGCAGUUCUUAAAAUCUUUGAGAAAGAAAGUGUUCCAGAAAAGAUCAAAGCAACAGGAAAAUUACAAUCAAACUCACAUCAUACACCCCAGGAUAAAAAUGUGGUGAAUGGUUAUGGUAAUGUACACAAGGUAAAUGGAACAUGUGAAGAGUUUUCUCAUGGGGUGAAUGGAUUCCCUCACAAAGAUAGCAUGGAUAUGCAUGCGCAAUUUCCACACAGGGAUAGUUUAGAACUCAGCAAGAAAGCAGGCAUGGAUUUAAAGCGACUGCAAUUUUCAAAAGCAGUUAAUCCAGUGCUUAUAAUAUCUUCGGAUGAAUUAAAAGAAUGUGAUGAGGAAGAUGAGAAUGAUGAUGAUAAUGACAGUGGAAUUCAAAAUGGAAUGUGUGAAGUUCCACCUUUGAGACCAAGUGAUGCUGAGUCAGCAAGACCUAAAGAAAAGAGUGGAAUUAUUCUGACAAGUGACGAAAGUGAAGAGGAUGAAUUUUGUGACUCCCUAGAUCCUGAGUGUCUGCGAGAAUUACAAAAUGGAAAUCAUUUGGACAGAGAACUGCCAGAUCUUGAUGCUGCAUUGAAAAGGGUUGAUUUGACGAAGAGAAAUAGUCCCAGCAGCUCCCCUGAACAUGUCACAAGUUCAACAAUGUCAGAAUCUGAACAUUCAGAUUUAGAGAGCGAUUUGAAAAGUUUGGAGCUUUUAACAAGUACACCAUAUGCUAAACAUGUGACUUUUGCCGUUGAUGAUACUGGAAAUAGUACAACUACUGUAGUUAAUUUGGAUUUGUCCAAGGUUGAGCCUUCAGUCACUGAGGAAUGCUUUUCUGAGGUCACUCCUCUUCUGGAGAACGGACAUAAUCACGAAACUAAUGUAGAUGUGACAGAGGACGAAUCAUAUCUACCUUUGGAUCAAGCACCUAAGAAACCAUCAGGGAUCCUUAAGUCACAUUAUUCUGUGAGAGAACAUGGGGGAGGUGAUGCUUCUCAACAGCCAUCUGGUCGUGGUCAUGGAGGUCGAACAAGACAGUCACAAGGAACUAGAACCAAAGAAGGGACCAGCUCUAUGAGUGGAGUAAGUCGUCCAUCAAGAGGGCACAGACGAAGGAGUGACAGUGACAGUGAAGAUGAACUGACAAGUGAUCAUACAAGUGGCCCAGAUUAUGACUCAGCAGGUGACAGGGAUGAAAUCAAUGAAAGGAUCUUACAAGCUCUUGAAAGGCUUCAUCAGGACAUGAAAAGUGUGCUGCGGAGACUUAACACUAUGGAGGAAGCACUCUUAUCUAGACAGGAUGUAGAUCCUAGAUCUGAGCAGGCAUGGUGGAAAUCUUACAUUCCAUCAAAGCCUUUGAUGUUCCUUGUCCUGUGGCCUUUCAUUGUGAACAUCGUCUUUUAUUACUUCAGACGAAGGAAGAGUUCACAGCAAAGAUGAUAAUCACAAGCCUAAUCACUCCAUGUUGUGAUAAUUUAUGGCAAUGCCAUGAUGUGCAAGGUUAUUGCUCAUUGACUUCCUUUAUUUAGUGGGUGAGGACUACUCAACAACAAGCACCAUCAAAGGUCAACAUUAGAAAUACGAAAUUCUGUUGUACUAUCAAGAACUGGGGAAUCACAAAAAUGUUAGAGUGCGAAUCUGGUCUCCAAAGAAUUUCUUCUCCACUUCUGAAUAUUAACAAAUACAGCAACAACAACAAAAACAACAAACAGGCUUUGUUUUUGGUACCAUCAUAUUUAUUGACUCAGUCAGACAAAUACAGGUAGCAUGAUGGUGAACCAGCACAUUAUGAACAAUACAUUUAUAAGUAUUUUUUAUAAUUAUUUGUGAAGUAAAUUUCACUAAUACUCUCAAUGUAACAAAAACACAUCAAUUGAACAAUAUUAAGGUCAUUCAUUCACAAUUCAGUCACCCAUAAGUACCUUCUUGAUCAACGACAUUCAUAUUGCUUGUCCUGAAUUCUGUCACAUAGUAUGAUGUAGGUAGACAGACAAAAGUAAUUUAGUAUUAAUUAAUUUAAUGUGUAUUGACCAUAUACUUUGCAUCAUUUGUUUAACUCUUGUUCCCCCAAAGAGUGACUAGCAACACUUCUUACGUACAGUAUCACUUCUGAAUCAAACAUUAAGGUCAUGAGGAUGAGGAAAUUAUCUCUGACUGAAAAAGCAUGAUUGUGAAACAAAUUCACCAUGUCAGUGCCAUUGGAAAUGUCUAGAAAACAGUGUGGAGAAUAUGCAUGCUGAUGUAAGGGUGUACAGGGUCAAGAGUUUGCUCAAGUGAAGGAGAUGCAAUUGGAUAUGUUGUGAACAGGUAACCUCAUAAAAAAGAAGCAAGAAUAAAAUUGAAAUACAGCUGACACCAUGAAAUAGCUCUCUCACACAAACACUCCUUUCUUAACUCUUUCUUGCUCCCAGGUGUUACCACUAAGUGAAUUUUCCCUACGACAUAUUUACAUUGUCAAGCAGUGAGGUGACGAGAAAAAUUAAAUGCAUGAGUUAUAAGGUGUUGCUCAAUUAAACAUGGAAUACUCCAAGUAGAAAUUGUAACAAAUGUGUAGCAGACAGCAAGAAGAAAUAUUAAUAACCUCUGGAAUGAAAAGGUUCAGUCGUUAACAGUGCAUUUGCCAGGCUAUUGUGGUGAUGCAACCAUAGCUGACCUUUCAUAUUGUUGUAUUGGGGUUUCUAGUUGAUAUCGUUUUGUAAUAUGAUUUGAGCAGACACUUAGCACACAGUCACAGUUCACAGUUAGGCAUUAUGUACUGGCACCAGAAUUAAUCUUAUUGGUUGUGUACUUGUGAUACACUAGCAAAAUCAGUUUCCAACUUUAGAACUGAAUGGAGCUAAAGAAUAAUUCAGUUCACAUAACACUCUUGUCAAAUCCUACAUGUAUUCCCCAUAAUCACACUUUCAGCAUUAACAGUGUUUGGUUUAAAGGAAAUUUUUUUUUUGUUGAUACAUUGCGCUUUCAAUGGGAACUGUACUGGUUUAUUUACUGAGGUGUUUAAUAUCAAUUUUUAAUCUGACUGUGAUAUCACUGACUUCAUAGGAAAGUCAUUAUUUAACAAACAAAGUG